CAACCUAAGUAAACGUACACGUUGGGAUAUGAAGCAUGUAUUAACGUCCUCCUUGCGUUACAUUGACUUGGUCUGGUCUCUGUAAUCUCUAUAGUUAUAUACUGUAAUAGUAUAGCAGCUUCCUGCAAUUAGUGAUGGAGUGGGGACAGGUUAAGGGAUACAAGUCAAGAGAGCAUAUCAAGCGUGGAGUUUGUUUUCUUAGCUUUAAGACGCCUCGGGCAGAUAAGAGAAAACUCGAAGAGCAAAAAAUUUAGAGAGGGAGAAGAUGAAGUUUCAGGAGGGUGUGUUCUUGGUGGCUAUUUUUUCCCUCGCAUAUACGCAGCUGGUCAAGGGGCAACCUCAACCUCACGAGGGUUGCCAAACUAGAUGUGGAAAUGUCACAAUCGAGUACCCGUUUGGCACUUCUCCAGGUUGUUACUAUGCCGAAGAUCGUAGUUUCAAUAUCACCUGUAACGAGAGAAACGAGUUAAUCUUUGGUGACAAUAAAGUGAUCAAGAUUUCUCACGGCGGCGAAAUACGUGUUCGGGUUAAUAGUUCCUACAGUUGCUACAAUAGCCAAGGAAAUUUGAGUAAUGGGGUUUAUUACACUUUUGAGCUGGGUAAUUUAACUCUCUCAACCAAAAACAGGUUUACUGCAGUAGGCUGCAACACUUACGCAUUUUUGAGCACUUAUGGAGUUGCAGAUUACUCAUCUGGAUGCAUGUCAAUUUGUGCUUCUCCUCCGGAGCCAAAUGGAGAAUGUUCUGGUAAAGGCUGCUGCCACAAUUCUGUCCCUAGGGGGAGCAACUUCUUCAAAGUCCGGCCUUACAGCUUUAACAACCACACUUCUGUUCAUAGCUUUAAUCCUUGUAGCUAUGCGUUUCUCGUCGAAAAUGGUACAUUUAACUUCGAUGCGUUGGAGGAUCUUAAGAAUCUGCGUAAUGUCACAGACUUCCCUGUGGUAUUAGAUUGGUCCAUUGGAAAACAAACAUGCGAACAAGUUGGAAACAAGAGCAUUUGUGGUGGGAAUAGCACAUGUUUCGAUUCUACUCGUGGAAUCGGGUAUAACUGCAAAUGUCUUGAAGGUUUUGAGGGGAAUCCAUACCUUUCAUCCGGCUGCCAUGACAUUAACGAGUGUACUAGUAAUAGACAUAACUGUUCGGAUCCCAACACCUGUAGAAACAAGGCUGGUGGCUUCUAUUGUAAGUGCCAAUCUGGUUACCACUUAGAUACCAACACUAUGAGUUGCAAGCAUAAAAACGUUGGAUGGACUAUAAUUCUUCUUGGAACCAUCAUCGGCUUCUUGGUAAUCCUGCUUGGCGUUAGCUGUAUGAGACAGAAAAUGAAGCACCGAAAAAACACUGAGCUUCGACAAAAAUUCUUCGAGCAAAAUGGUGGUGGCAUGUUGAUACAGCGACUCUCAGGAGCAGGGCCAUCAAAUGUUGAUGUUAAAAUAUUUACUGAGGUAAGCAUGAAGAAAGCAACUAAUGGUUAUGAUGUAAGCAGAAUCCUGGGGCAAGGAGGCCAGGGAACAGUCUACAAAGGGAUAUUACCAGAUGACUCCAUAGUUGCUAUAAAGAAAGCUCGACUUGGAGACAGUAGCCAAGUAGAGCAAUUCAUCAACGAAGUGCUCGUGCUUUCACAAAUUAAUCACAGGAACGUGGUCAAGCUCUUGGGAUGUUGUCUAGAGACCGAAGUUCCCUUGCUGGUUUAUGAAUUCAUUACCAGUGGCACCCUUUUCGAUCACUUGCACGGUUCCAUGUUUGAUUCUUCUCUUACAUGGGAACACCGUCUAAGGAUAGCAAUAGAAGUCGCUGGAACUCUCUCAUAUCUGCACUCCUCAGCUUCUAUUCCCAUAAUCCACCGCGAUGUCAAGACUGCUAAUAUUCUCUUGGAUGAAGACUUAACUGCAAAAGUAGCUGACUUUGGUGCAUCAAGGCUGAUACCGAUGGACAAAGAGCAGCUCACAACUAUGGUGCAAGGCACUCUCGGGUAUUUAGACCCAGAAUACUACAACACAGGACUUCUGAACGAGAAGAGCGAUGUUUAUAGCUUUGGGGUAGUCCUCAUGGAACUAAUCUCAGGUGAAAAGGCAUUGUGCUUUGAACGGCCACAAACAUCAAAACAUCUGGUGAGUUACUUUGCUUCUGCCAUGAAAGAGAACAGGUUGCAUGAGAUUGUUAAUGGGCAAGUAAUAAACGAGGACAAUCAGUGUGAGAUCCGGGAAGCUGCAAGAGUUGCUCUUAAAUGUACAAGAAUUAUGGGAGAGGAAAGACCAAAGAUGAAAGAAGUAGCUGCAGAGCUAGAGGCCUUGAGAGUCAAAGCAACAAAGCAUAAGUGGUCGGAUCAGUAUCCUGAGGAGAAUGAACACUUGCUCGGCGUUCAAACCUUAUCAGCACAAGGCGAUACUAGUAGUAGCCGUGGUUAUGACAGCAUUAAGAAUGUACCAAUAUUGGACAUUGAAGCAGGCCGCUGAUGUUAAUGCUUUCACACAA